UUUGCAACCCAUCUCAAUGCUACGCAUUUUUGUUCUAAUUGCUGCGGGUUCGACAUUGUUGGCCCACAGCGGUGAUCUUGCACUUGACCAGAAGAAGGCAGAAACUAAAGAACGGAUGAAGUACUUGAUGGACAUGAAGUAUUUAAUUCCGCCAAAGGACAGUGAACGCAUUGAGAUAAAAUUGGGCAAGGAUGAAGAGCUACCGGAUAAGUUUGAUGCGCGAGACAGAUGGCCUGAGUGUAGACAUCUAAUAAGUACAGUACGUGAUCAAACUAAGGUCAUGUUGGGCAGUUUCGGCCGCUUCAACCAUGACCGAUAGAG